AAAGUUUCUGCCUUUCCUCUGGAGAAUCUAAAGCCAUGAAAUUUUCGAUUUCUCCUCUCUUUGAAACACGUAAACCGCGCCACACGCCAAGCUCCAGUCAUCAUUUCUGCGUUUUUAAAACCCAGGUUUUGCAGUAUAAAACCCAUCAUUCCACUUCUGCACACAUCACCGAGAUCCACCCAUCUGCUUCAUAUCUCAAAAGUUGUAGACUUUUUCUCUUUCUGUUGCUACUGCGUCUGCAAUCAAUGGGAAACAACUUGCGGAAGAAGAAUCGGGAGCAGGACGAGAGAGCGUGCGAGAAGAUCUUCAAAGUUGUGACCAGUCCUCUCCGAACCAACCGCCGCGUCUCCAAGCGUAACCAGGGCUCAGGCAGUGCCACGAAGAUCAGACCGAACCCGGAAACUGUUCAAGCCAAGCUCGCUGAGGCAUCGGCUCAGGCCGCCAAACCCAUCUCAAAGAUGGAAACUUCCGGCGGGAAGAAGAAGAAGAAGACGGUCGCAAGAGUUGAGACGGUGAAGGUAGACGAGAGGUUCAAUGAGUACAUAAAGAGAGCGAAGCUGAGGAUCAGAGCCAUGACGAAUCUUGGGGACAUUAUGGACGCUGAUGCGUCGGAGACUGAUACCGAAACUCAUGUACCUGUUGUCUCUGCUUCUAAAGACAGUGGCAGAGAUCAGUUCGCUGAGUACAUCGAGAAAGCGAAGAUGAAGCUCCAAGCCACUUCCAGUCUCGGAAAUGGAAACUCCAAUCACGAUUCGCUCAGGCACCUUCUUAGUUAAAAACAACCAAGGACACUCCCCGCUAUUGGUGUUUUGUUUGAUGGCUUAUGGAUUGGUUGUUGAAUAAAAGCGGUGCCCCGCUAACAUUCAUAUUUUCCCUGUGUGUUCCUUUCCUUAUUUCAAAAAGUAUACUUGAAUCGCAUAUAUUGUAUUGAUAAAAAAAUAUAAUAUUGAUUUGCAUUAUUAUUUAUAACAAUUCUAU